GAUAACAAACUUUUGAAAGGUCAUAAAAAUAAUGUCAAUAAAAUAAAUAAAUAAAUUAUAAUUUAACAAAAUAUUAUAAAAACAACAAAAUUUUAAAGUGUUUAAACUAAAAAGUAAGUCAACAAGUGAUUGAAACUUCCUAGCAUGUGUUCCCCAUGCUGCGACUUCUGCCCGACGUGCCCGCCGACGCUGCCGUGCGGGGACGGUCCGUGCUACUUCCACUGCCCGCCGCCGCCACGCUGCUGCCCGCCUUGUUGCCCGCCGUGCUGCCCGUGCACGCCGUGCCCGCCCUGCCGCUGCCGGCCCGUGUGGCGGCCCUGCCCACCGCCGCAGCGCCCCGACGUGCUGCCGCCGCUGCUGCCCGUGCUGCCCUGCUGCCGCCCGCGCCGCCCGCCGCAGUGCGAGCCCUGCCCGCCGCCGCCGCCCCCGCCCGUCUGCUUCCCGCCCGUGCUGCCGUGCUGUCCGCCGCCGGAGCCCUGUGAUCCACCACCAAUACCUCCAUGCCCGGAGCCGGUGAUGUGCUAUCCACCCGUCCUGCCCUGCUGCAACCCGCCGUGCCCGCCGCCCUGCCUGCCCAAGCAGCGGCCGAUCUGCCCGCGCGCGCCGCCCUGCCCCUACCCCUGCCUGCCCGUGGGCCGCAGCUGCUGCCCCGACUGCGACGGCCUCGACCCCGUCACCCGCCGGCGCCCUCUGGUGACGCAUGACGGCAUCGUACACACGAGGAAGACCUCGCACCCGCGUGAUCUAAGGGAUAUGUCUAAUCCUCAAGUGCGGUACGAGCUAAUCAACAAUUACGGGUUGCCGACCAAUUGCUGUUGUGCAGUCCAUGUGCCUCUUCGGUAGCGAUACCUUCAUGUCACACGCAAAUGUGGUAAAGUGGUUUUAUACUGUCCCAAAUGUCAUUGUUUUGGUCUUUGUGAAUAAAGUGAUUGAAUUUA